GCGGAGGCGGCGGCUGCUCCAUGGAGUGUUACUACAUUGUCAUCAGCUCCACGCAUCUCAGCAACGGACACUUUCGCAACAUCAAGGGAGUUUUCCGAGGCCCUCUCAGCAAGAACGGAAACAAAACUCUGGGUUAUUCUGAGAAGGAGAACACUAUAGCAAAAGCUCUGGAAGAUCUGAAAGCCAACUUUUACUGUGAACUCUGUGACAAGCAGUACUAUAAGCAUCAGGAGUUUGACAAUCACAUUAAUUCAUACGACCAUGCUCACAAGCAGAGGCUCAAAGAACUGAAACAAAGGGAAUUUGCUCGAAAUGUAGCAUCCAAAUCCAGGAAAGAUGAAAGAAAACAGGAAAAGGCCCUCCAACGUCUGCACAAACUGGCCGAGUUAAGAAAGGAAACUGUAUGUGCUCCUGGAAGUGGCCCCAUGUUCAAGUCAACAACUGUUACUGUGAGAGAAAAUUGUAAUGAAAUUUCCCAAAGAGCUGUUGUGGAUUCAGUCAAUAACCAGGAAGAUUUCAAAUGCAGUUUGAUUCAUAGUGAAGAGAAUACUCAAGAUGUUACCACUCUUGCUGCAGAUCCACAAAGCGCAAAUAAUUAUACAGCAAAAAAUAACCAACUUGGGGAUCAAGCCCAGGGAAUUCACAGGCACAAAAUUGGUUUUUCUUUCGCAUUUCCAAAGAAAGCAUCCGUGAAGCUGGAGACCUCAGCAGCAGCCUUCUCUGAGUACAAUGAUGAUGCCUCUGCAGAGAAAGGGUUUAGCAGAAAAAGUAGAUUCGUCCCUGGUGCUUGUCAUCUUCAGUUAUCUUCACCAGUAGAUGUGCUUUUGAGUUCUGAGGAGAAAGCUAACUCUUUUCAUCCACCAGAGGGAAGGUGCACUGUCAAAGAAACUGCUCAAACUCAAGAGAUGAAAGAAGUGUCUAGUGAAAAAGAUAUAUUAUUAUUACCUUCAUUUUGCCAGUUUCAACUCCCUUUAUCUUCUGAUGCAGAUAAUUGUCAAAAUCUAGUCUCAUCAGCAGAUCAAAUACCACUGCAAGAUGUUGUUAUUAAUGAAGGCAUACCUAUCAGUGGUAAUGGUUCUGUGUUGUUAGGAAAUGAAUCCACAAUCCUUGAUACAGCUAAUGAUUGCAUAUCUUUGCAAGCUACCACAGAGGAAAAUGUUAAAGACAAUGAUCCAUCUACAGUUGAAGUUGAAAAUAAAAAUCAUGGUUCUGAGAUGUUGGCCCCUUCAAAUUCGGAAGAGGAUAAUAUAAUCUUACGUAAAAAAGCAGAUUUAAAUAAAAGGCCAAGUGAGCCAUUUGCACCUGUCCUUAACAAAGAUGGAUCCACAGUUCUUCAGUGGCCAUCAGAAAUGCUGAUUUACACAACUACUCAACCAUCAAUUUCUUAUAGCUGUAAUCCUCUUUGUUUUGACUUCAAGUCCACGAAAUUAAACAACAAUCUAGAUAAAAAAAAGCUACCCUUAAAUGAUUUUCAUCCUCAGCAGAAGGGAGAAGACACUUGCAAGAGACGAGUUUCAGACUGCAAGGGCACAUCUCCUGCAGGACCCACUGGUCAUGAAACAGGAGGUAGCAACAAUGAAUGCACUCAAGUCACUCCUCUUUUGUCUGAUGAUACCCUUUCCAAUAGCUGUGAUUCUGGAAAAAAUGAGAAUCUGGGUCAGAGGUACAAAAAUAUUUCCUGUAGGAUCAGAAAAACAAAAAAAUCUUUCACUAAAAAACAAACAAAACAAGACACCCUAGAUGAGAAAUACCACAAAAUAAGGUUGAAAGAGACUCCUGAACACUGGUUUCAUAAAAAUAGAAGAAAGAAAAAAAGAAGAAAGUUAUGUCAGCAUCAUCAUGGGGAGAAAACCAAAGAUUCAGAAAUUCACUCUAAAGUGGAAAUGAAAAAUAGUUACACUGAUACAACUGGGAAAAAUCUGCUGGAAACAAUUUCAGAAAAGCAGUAUUUAGCUGCAGAGAAAUUAUUGGACUCACAUCAAUUACCUGAUAAAAGGGCCAAAUCAGCAUCUGUAUACUCAAGCGAGAAUGAUGACGUGUGUAAAACCUGGAACACUGAACACAGUAAUAAUGAUGCUAUCAGUUCCAAAAAACACUGUAGGAAGAACUCCAUUGUUUUAAAUGGACAAUCUAAUGCGACAAGGAUAAAUUCUGGGAAACAUAAUUUAACAUACUCCAGAACUUACUGUAGUUGGAAAGCCAAAAUGUCCAGCUAUAGUCAGGAUCACAGAUGCCUAGUUCUUCAAAAUAGCAUGAAAUUCCUGAGUCAGAAUCAGGCUGUUAAAAGAGGUUACAAUUCUCUCCUUAAUGAAUCAGAAAGAUGCCAUCGAAAACGCAGACAACAUUCAUAUUCUUAUUCUUCAGACGAGAGUUUAAAUCGACAGAAUUACUCACCAGACUUUUCGAGGCCACCACGUGCUUCUGCUCCUUGUAAGCCUCGAAGGAAACGGAGAAGAAAAAGAAGCAGAUUCCACACUGGAUUUGAAGCUCUGGAACUCAGAGAGAAUACAGAUUAUGCCAUGAAAGGCAAGAAUUCCUUAUGUCACCAGGAUGAGUUAAUAAGCGAAGACCAAAAGGAGGAAGUAAAACCACAAGAAAUCGCAAAUGCUCAAAGGAAUUCAGAACCCACAGAUCAGGUAGAAAACAAACUGACUCUGCCGUCCCCUGGAAGCCCCCUGCCUUCUCAAACCAAUGGUGAAAUGGAGCAUUUAGUGAUGGAGACCACUUCUGGGGAACUGUCAGAGAUUUCCAAUGGACCUGCCGGAUCGAGUGCCCCAGCAAAAGGGGAAAUGGACAGUACUGUGCUCAAACACAAGGAAACAAGUGAGACUGUAAACAGUAAUGAAAAGCAAAUCCCUUUCAAGGUGCCCCAUGUUGAUAGGAACUUUAGACAGUCACAACCUAAAUCUUACCUUUGCCAUUAUGAACUGGCUGAGGCCCUUCCACAAGGAAAAGUGAAUGAGGCACCAACUGAGUGGCUGCACUUUAAUUCAGGAAUCCUCAACGCACAACCACCAUUACCGUUCAAAGAAGCACACGUCAAUGGUCACGCCUUUGUAACAACAGAGCAAUUCCUGGCUCCAUUAGCCCUACCGGAACAAGCGUUACUGAUCCCAAUAGAAAACCACGACAAAUUCAAAAAUCUACCCUGUGAAGUCUACCAGCACAUCAUACCACCCAACGUGCUGGCCAACAAGGUCAAAUUCACUUUUCCUCCAGCUGCCCUCCCACCCGCUAGCGCACCUCUGCAGCCUUUGCCUUUGCAGCAGCCCUUAUGUUCUACCUCUGUAACCACGAUACACCACACUGUUCUACAGCAGCACGCGGCUGCCGCCGCCGCCGCCGCAGCCGCCGCAGCUGCAGGAACCUUUAAAGUGCUUCAACCGCACCAACAGUUUCUGUCCCAAGUCCCAACUCUCGCCAGAACAUCGUUACCUCAGAUCUCAGUAGGACCCGCAGGACCAAGGCUUUGUCCUGGGAAUCAGCCAACCUUUGCCGCUCCUCCUCAGAUGCCAAUCAUCCCAGCUUCAGUUCUUCAUCCCAGCCACCUGGCUUUCCCUCCCUUGCCCCACGCCCUCUUCCCUUCGCUGCUUUCUCCACACCCUGCUGUCCUCCCGCUACAGCCCCUCUUCUAGCCAUCCCCAUAAAAGGGAAAGAAAAUAUUCAUGUGAAAACUAUUGUUGUAUGCGUAAACACUCAUCUAAGAGGAAUAACUGCCUAUUUAAAUGGUGGAAAUAAACUAGCCAAAAUCUGGCCUCAUUGAUUUGAAGUCAUUUCCUGUAAGUGUAAUGAUGCAAAUACAUUAAGUUUCUGAUAUAUAAUAUUAUUAAGGCACUGAAUAGUUUGAAAAUCAAUACAAUAUAUGCUAUAUAUUAAAAUGGUGUCUUAAGAUUAUGUAUAAUGUACAUAAAAUAUAUUUAUAGUACUGUAAUUUAUGUUGUAAAGUAUGCUCUUUGUUUUUUUUUAAUCUGUGUAUUUGCACCUAUUUAAUGUUUAGACAAAGCUGAUGGCACUGUUUUGUACCAUGUUCCUUGAAACUGUAAAAUUCAGUGAAAAAUAUCUCUUGCAAUAAAUUUUUGUUAAGUAUUUAAGUAAAUCAAACUUUUGCUUUUAGUGGUUUGCACUGUUUGGGAAAUGUAUAGUAACAGAAGAUUUGGGAUUUAUAUUGUUUCUUCUGUCCGUUGACAUUUUUGAACCACAGAGACUCAGUGAAAUAUCUCUGGAGUUCUAUCAUUACUUUAAUUAUACCAUCUUUCAGAAUAAGUAUAACAGGUCCAUUUAUUUUCUGUUUGUUCUAAGGUUGCUUACACUCAGAGUUUAUCAUAUGUUCAGAACAAUUGGCCCUCCAGACAAUACACCAUGGCAAGUCUUGUUAAAGUAAUAAGAGUAUUGGGCAGGGGGGAAGGGAUAACUCAGAUAUAUGCAAAGUACAUAGUAUUCUUCCAGGAACUGUAAAACAGUACUAGUAGACAAGAAAUAGUAAAUAUAUGUUUUAUAACAUAUUUGUAUGUUAAAAUUUUCAAAUGUAUUUUAUUUUCAAUUGUUGCAGAAAAAUAUAUAUAUAUACAUAAAACUGUUGGCAUGGUAAAUGAAUGAGUUUAAUUAAUAAAUCACUAUUCAUAACUAACAUUUGGGAAGAAUGGCAUAAACACACUCUGUAUCUGGAUAUACUCUUAACUGAGAAUCUGAAAGUGGGAAGGAGAGUAAAUAAAUAGCUCUCCCUUCUGCAAAUCUUUCCAGUAGUCAUGUUUGUAUCGUAUUUCCAAAUUACCCAGGAACAAGUAGGAAGUCUCUAUGUCACCCUUCCAGAUUCUGCCUUAUUUUUACGCCUCUGCAUUAUUUUUCACUCAAGUGCUUCUCGUGUGCUGAAGAAUAAAACUGUUCAAUAGAACACUAGAGAACAUCACACAUUUCUCAACAGAGUUUUCCAAUAUGCACCCGCCCCAUUCUGCACCACUUUAUAAGAUGGAGUCUUCAUGCCUGGUAGGGUUCACCUCACCAUAUGCAAACAGUAAAGGAUUAUGGCAGCCUGGCAAUGAACCCUGGCAUCAGAGGCCAACUGAGUCCUAAAGGGAAGCAACAUUGAAGUGAUGCUAUUCUGAGGAAGGUCUAUUUCCUAUGUCCACUGUAGGAACUGGGUUGCCUUAAAUAAUAUUGGUCAUAAACAUAUGUUCUUAUAUCAGAAUAAUCUAUACUGAAUUCUAUUUGAAAUAGAGAAAUAAGGGGAAAAAUCUAGGGUUUUUUUACUGCCUUGAUUAUUUGCCCUAAUAGUCAUGGAUUUAAAUGUUUUCCUGAAAUACUGUUUGUGAAAGACUGCAUUAUAUCCUUUUAUGAUGGACAAAUAAGAAGAUAAAUAUAAUAAGGAAAUCAAUUCCAUUUCAAAUGUUUCUAAGAUAACUUGUUCCAAAUAUGGAAACUAAAAUUGGAAUGGAUAAUUCUUCCCCAAGCAAAAUGUUUGAAGCUAUCUCAGGAGAUAACAUAGAUGGGAAUAUCUACUGUGGAGUGCUGAGUUUGUUUUUAACCUGUUAGAGCAGGAUUGUGGCUUCUGCUGUUCAAAAUCAAACCUAGUGUUUGACUUUAAAAUAUGCAGAUUUUUUUCUCUCCUUUUUGGCAUCUCCUAUCAUUCUACUUGGUCACCUCUUCUUAAGCUUUCUCUUUAAAUCCUUUUUCCCCUGAUCUUUUCUUCUUAAUUUCAUUGUAAAUAUCAUUUGUGUCUAUUUAUGACUCCUCUUCUUUUUCUAUGUUAUCAUUGUUUUUAUGUUUUUGAAUUAUGCAGAUCUCCUAUGUUUUUUUUGUGUGUGAAAUGAUAUGGUUAGUCAUACUUAACAUUGUAAUUGUAGCAGAAAAAUAUCUGGUGGCUAGCUAUCAGAUAGAAAUUUCUGUAAAAUUUGAGGGGGGAGGUUCUCAGUGAAGACUAGUUGAAACUCAACUGGGCAGAUACAUUGAUUGGUUCUAAUGGAUACCAGUAGCUGGUCAAGAAAUGAAUGUUAGUUAAGCAUGUGAAAUCAGCCAUUCUGGUUAUAAACAGUUAUUCUAGGUAUUUGAUACAUGCAUCUUUUAUAACUUUGGGACUCAAAAUGAAUACAUUAUAAGACACUUAUAAUCUAUUCUGGUAACACCAACCCCAAAAUAAGGGAAUCAGGCUGAUAGGCUGAAGAUCAAGAGUGAGCAGGGCAAUCAGGCAGGUAAGUCAUGGUGGAUUCAUUAGGCAACGGCGUCCGAGGAGACCACCAGUUCAGCUCAUACUGACGUCAGCAAGAGUCAGGCCAGUGAAACAGUCACACUCGGGAAGUAGGUUUGGGCACUCGUGGACAGCUUGUGCUUAAGUCCUGGAGCAAAAAUCCCAGUCCUAUCCAUGCCUAAAUUACUACUAUAUAAUUGGGAAACUUAAAUUAUUCUAACACUAUCUCUUACCCAUCAUCUCUAGUCUGCUAGUUGUAGGUAUUGCUGUAGCAUUUGUUAUUGUUAAGAUGGUUUAGAAUACAGAAUAACACUUGGGCAUGGAAAAUAACUAUAGGCAAGUAACAAUUGAAUGACAGGAAGGGAACUCAUCCAUAACCCCAACUAGCAUCUCUCUCUCUCCCUCUCAUGUAUGUGUAUAUAUAUAUGUACAUACAUUCCCAAGUUCUUUGAUGAGUUGAAGACCUAUAUCAAACUGUCCAUAAAGCAUCUCAACCUAGACAUCUGCCAAGUUCUUUGAACUCAAAAACUCAUGAUCUUUCUUUAUAGGUAAUUACUGAAACUUGUUCUUUGUCCUGUGUUUCUAAGCUCUGUGAAUUCCAUUAAAAAAAAAAUCUGUUAUCCAAGUCAGAAACUAAGUGUCAUGUCCACACCAAAUCAAUCAGUAAAGCAUUUUGGCUCUAGUUUGAUGUGUUCUCAACUUUAUCCCACUUGUACACUUUAUAAUAGUCCUAGCCCUAGUAGUCCAUAAAGCUGAAUUGCUGACUUGCUGCUAUAAAUUAAUUAUAGAAAUUAAUAAUUAUAAAUGAAUUAUAGG